UUUUUGAGGGAAAGAAAAAGAAAAAAAAAAAGGAAUUUAUAAUUAUCCGUAGAAAAUAAUUAGAGGGAAAUUUGUCAACUUUGGCGUCAACACAUAUUUUGCCGGCGAAUCGCUUGAAAUCACUAUUCUUAAGGAAACGCCUCGAUUUCUGUAAUCCCAUUUAACCAAUUUUCUCUCUGUUCUUGAUUGCCUGACCCUAAAAAAACCCCCAAAGUUUCAUCCAUUAUUGUCGCUUUGAUUCCGUCGAUCGGCGAUGGGGCCGGGCUUCGUGGCCUUGUCUGGCGCUGCAAAACAGGCCGAGCUUCUCCGAAAAGAUGGAAACCACUAUUUUCAAAAAGGUAGAAUCGGAGCCGCCAUUGAAGCCUACACCGAGGCGAUUACGCUAUGCCCGAAUGUUGCUGUGUAUUUGACGAACCGCGCUUUGUGUCAUCGCAAGCGGAAUGAUUGGAAGAAGGUGGAGGAGGACUGCCGGAGAGCUAUUCAGAUUGAUAGCAAUUCUGUGAAGGGACAUUAUAUGUUAGGCCUAGCAUUAAUACAAAAUAAUGUAUAUCCAGAAGGAAUCAAGCAUUUGGAGAAGGCUUUGGAUCUUGGUAGGGGUGCAAAUCCAAAGAGUUAUAUGGUUGAGGAAAUAUGGCAGGAGCUUGCCAAAGCAAAAUACAGGGAGUGGGAAAAAGCUUCUACCAAACGUUCAUGGGAAUUACAGACCUUGAAAGAAGCUUGUGAGGCAGCCCUUGAACAAAAGUAUUUUCUUGACCAUUCUGAACUAGAAGGGUUUGUAGAUGAAGCUGAAAUUGCUCAUAGGAAACAAUUAAAGUCUCUAAGAAGUGUGUUUGAAAAAGUUGGGGAGGCGGAUGCGCCAUCUGAGGUGCCUGAUUAUCUUUGUUGUAAAAUUACACUUGAUAUUCUUCGUGAUCCCGUUAUUACUCCGAGCGGGGUUACAUAUGAGAGAGCAGUGAUACUCGACCAUUUUCGAAAGGUGGGUAACUUCGAUCCCUUAACGCGGGAACUGCUCGAUGAGUCACAACUUGUACCGAAUUUAGCCAUAAAGGAAGCAGUAGAAGCCUUUCUAGAUAAGCAUGGAUGGGCUUAUAAUACAGAUUAAGUUGAAUUUGAAACGGAACUCAAUCGAGUUGAUGGUUAGGCCUGCACGGUCUCGUGUCUUUAAUGGCGUGAGUUUGUCCUCGACUCUUCUGUAUGCAUUGUCGAUUACGGUUUGUCAUAUGAUAUCAUGCUUUCCAUGACAUUCUGAGGUGGUAGCGUCAAUCAUGUAUAUGAUGUCCUGUCUUGAUAAUUUUAUUGUACAGUUAUUACUUAAACCUUCAUUACGGUUUUAAUUGGAAGGCUAUGUUCAGCUUCGGUGCGAGUUUGUUC